AGCCCAUAUCACACCGGUCCGUGGUGCAAUAAAGGUUGGGGACCACUGCAAUAGAGUUUUUCCUUGAAGAUCAAAUAAAGAGAAAUAUUGAACACUUGAAGGAAGUAACCAUGUACUUUGACAGCACUAAUAGGGUUAGGAGUUCUUAAAAAAAGAAAAAAACUCAAAUUAAACUACGGUUUUCUAUUAAUCUCCAGAAGAAUUUGAUAACAAUUUGAAAGAAUUAUAAAAACUUUGUUUUUGUAGUUCAUUAUUAUGACCUUAUCAAUUUAAGUAAUAACGUUGUGUUGCAACCGGUGUACGUUCAUUGUUUGUGUGCGCCAUAUCAUCUCCCUGACCUCCAAUGACAUGACAAGAGCGAAAGAAGCAUGAGUUAAUUAUAAAUACCUCACUUAUUGUCUGCGUGUGUGUGUCAUGGAAACAUGUUACGUUCCAGAGUUGCUACUUUGAUACUUGCCUGUACUGUCAACCCUGCCGGAAGAGCAGUCUUUCACUCAUUCACUGCCAACAGAUGUCCGAUCUGUCUUGACUGAAAGGGUUGGCAGUGAUUGUAAAAUUAACUAUCACACUGUUUCUUUAGAUACGUGCACCGGGUGAAAUGUUUCCAGGCAGAAGAGGUAAUCCGUGAGAGGAGUUGGACUGUCUCAGCAUGGCAAAGACUCCAUGGCCCGAGAGCACAAAGUGUGUGGGCCAAUUCCAAUUUAAAAGCUCAUCGGAGCACCACCUCCCCUUUAACAAAGGAGAAAUGUUGACCAACAUCAACGCCAAAAGGGAUCCACAGUGGUACAUAGCUCAAAAUGACGCUGGUCGUAAAGGGGCAGUUCCCACCAACAGCAUUCCGAAAUUUGUGACACAUGAAAGCAAGCUGAAUCUUAUGCCAUGGUUUCACGGCAAAAUAACACGACUUCAGGCCGAGAGCUUGUUGUCUCCACCGGAGAAGGGCCUUUUCUUGGUGAGAGAGAGCACAAACUACCCAGGAGACUACACCCUGUGUUUGAGCACCGACAACAUGGUGGAGCACUACCACAUUAGAUACGGCAACGGCAAGCUCACUAUUGAUGAGGAAAAAUACUUUGACAACCUCAUUCAGCUGGUUGAGCACUACAAAACCAAUGCUGAUGGUCUGUGCACCAGUCUAGUCAAGCCAAAGUUGGAGCAGAAGACUGUAGCUGUCCAAGAUGAGUUUUUGAGGGGGGGCUGGGUGAAGAAUAGGGGAGACCUCCAGUUACAGAAGACCAUCGGACAGGGAGAGUUUGGAGAGGUCAUGUUGGCAUACUACCAAGGAAAUGAAGUUGCUGUGAAGUGUCUUAAAAAUAGUACUACUGCGCAGGCCUUUAUUGCAGAGGCAUCAGUCAUGAUGAAACUAAGACACGAACACUUGGUCCAGCUGCUUGGCGUGAUUGCAGAGGAGGAUGGCACUUUGUAUAUUAUCACUGAAUACAUGAGAAACGGCACCUUGGUGGACUACGUUCGUUCCAGAGGACGGACCGUACUCACGAGUGUUGCACUUACUGAUUUUUCACUACAUGUCUGUGAGGCCAUGGUGUAUUUGGAAUCAAACAACUUUGUCCACCGAGACCUCGCGGCCCGUAACAUUCUGUUAUCGGAAGACCUCGUCGCCAAAGUCAGUGACUUUGGUUUGACCAAAAAGGUGUCUUCUCUUCAGGAUACUAACAAGCUUCCCGUAAAAUGGACAUCACCAGAAGCUCUCAGAGAAAAGAAAUUCUCCACCAAAUCAGAUGUGUGGAGUUAUGGUGUUUUGCUUUGGGAGAUUUUCUCAUUUGGUCGAAUGCCUUACCCAAAGAUUCAAUUAAAGGAUGUGGGGACUCUUUUGGAGCGGGGAUACCGCAUGCCUACCCCGGACGGAUGUCCCACAGAGGUGUAUGAUGUCAUGAAAAGCUGCUGGCAGUUGGACCCGGAUUUUCGACCAACUUUUGAGUCUUUGAAACAGUCAUUACUGCAGAUCAAACACAAGCUCCGACAAAUAGGCACAACCCUCUGACAAAAUCUGUUCUGACUUUUCUAUUUGCAUUGGGUUGUUGAAAACUUAGUUGACUAUCAUUGGACAUUUUUCAAAACAUUCUACAUUACAACAUUGAGCUGAUUUUUAAGUUUUGUUUUUUACGCCUUCAAUUGUUCUGUCUGAAUGUUUGAGUGUUUAAUUUUUGUUUGUUUAGCUUGUUUAGCAAUAGUGUAAAUUUAUUCUCAGGUGGGGUUUUUUAUGAAAUGCUAAUACAUGAAGCAUUCCGGGGCUUGUCAUGCAUCAAACAAAUGAUAAAUAAGGGACAUGUCAUUCAUUACCUGAUCCUGAAGAGCAAUACAAACAAGUGCAGGAACAUGGAAGUAUAUAUAUUUUUUAAACCCAUGCAGAGUGUACCCUGCCUACUGCCCAUAGUUAGCUGGGAUAGGCUCCAGAACCCCUGCAACCCUUGAAUAUUUUUCAAUUUAAAAAAACCCCCAAAUUAAUGACAUUCGUGCCCAAGAGUGCUUGUAGAAUCAAUGGGAAAUUUCAUGAUUAAAAACAUUUUUUUUUUAACUUACUGCUGGUGUAAAUUGAGAUUGUGUGUGCAUUUGUAAAUUGACAAUGUUUUUUUUUUACAACUUUUAAUAGUCAACGUAUUUUCACUUUUACUCCACUAAAUGAAAGCUGGGAUAGGCUCCAGCAACCCCAGGCCUUUGGGGGGAUAAGUGGCUCUGAAGAUGAACCUGAAUUUCUGACAUUUGGACCAGAGAAAAGCCUAACUUCCAUUUUUUUUUUUUUUAAUUUUUUUUUUUUUAAAUGCUUGUAUAUUUAUGAAAAAAACCCACCAAAGUAAUGACAUUCAUGUCCAUGAGUGUAGAAUCAACGUAAAAUUUCUUGAUCUGAUUUUUUUAUUAUUUUUUUUAAAACUUAGUACUGACGUAAAAUGAAAUUGUGUGUGCGUUUGUAAGUUGACGAGUUUUUAUUUUUGCAACCUUUAAUGAACAUAGUAAAUGUACUUUUAUUUUUGCUACACUUACUAAAAGUUUUUUCCUUAAAACAAAUCAUCACUGCCAUACAAAGUUACACAACCAGCUUAAAAGAUAUCUCGAUCAAGAUUUUUGUCUAAGUAAAUCACACCAUUUUCUGUAUGUUACCACCUACAUUUAUAUCAGACUUGCUUUCCUCAUACUAAAGUUAUGUUGGUUUCAUGUCGUAGCUUCAGUGGUUUUUUUAAGGCUUUGCACACAGGAAGCUGUUGUCACAUUUGAGGACACCUGUGAUAUGUCCCUAUCAGGAUUUGGUGCUUGGCGUAACGUUGAACUUCGCUCUGGUACAGUAAAUCUUUACAACAUUUUAAU